AUGCAAGCACACUGCGAACCCUCAGUACUCAACCCGGUAGGGAAGCUUCAUACGAAUGGGCUGUUCGUUCUGAAUACAGCCAUCGCCAACAAUCGCUACCAGACCAGCGACAGCACUGGGAUCGACCCGAGGUCAUUGACGCAGAGCAUAAAUGCCGCCAAACGCCAUACCGUCUCGCUUCCGACCUCCCCAUAUCAGGAGGGCUCAUCACGAUCGUACGCCGAAGGCACUCCCCUCGGGCAGGCCAACGGCCUAGCCACCUUCAGUAAUGAGGCUCUGCUUCCGCGAACGUCGAGCUCCGAUGAUCUCGAAGUGCCUUCGGAUAGCAAUCUACUUUCCACACAUGGACGGUCAUUAUCUGGAGACACAGAGUGCGACUGGGCGACCUUUAUCACGGCUUAUGCCAAUGGGCGAUGGGACCCUCACAAGCCGCCGAACCGGCCUCACCCGUGUCAUGGCUACGAUUCCGAGACUGGGUACAUGAAGAAGUUGGAGCCAGUGCAACUGUCUACCUCGCUACAAGUCACCGCGUCGGAUUUCGACCAGGACCGCGAUGGAACUUCCAAGUUGCGAGACGGGCGAGACAAGGUUUCAAUCUCUCUGCAGGCUAUGCAGGACCAGGCCGGUUCAAUCAUCGCAUCAUCUACGAACGGACGCAAGUUCCACAAUCUAAAAAUGGAUUUCCCUCUCAAGCUCCCUGUUUCUGGGAGGUCACGGAUCUCUUUUCCUCCUUCGACGUCUACUGCAUCCAUUGGAAGCAAUUCCUCCAUGGCGAGCACGGCGGCCUCCAACUCGGAUUUGCAGACGACCGUGGCCACAAUGCGAUGGGCUGCGGCCAGAGUGGACAUCUCGCCUCUGGCCCUUCCAUCUCCCGAGCACGAGCUAACAGAUCCCAUGCGCGGUGUCAUCACUCCUGUACCUGGUUCCCACCCUCCCGACGACGACGAACCUCAUGACCAAGUCAUAACGCCUGGUGGAAGCCGACGAUCAAGGUUAUCCAGCUUUUGGGAAGGUACGAUAGAUGUCGAUCCUAAGGCCUUCAAGAUGGGGUCUAUUCCACGGAAACAUUCGCGCUUGAGCCUGGGUGGCAACAGCGCAGAUGGUAGGGUCACUCCAGAUAGUGUGCAGACGAACAAACAGGAUAUACCAGAUAAAGUUCCAAAGAAAACCGAACACUCACCCGCUACUCAACUUUCCAUACUCGCUGCUCAACCACCGCCUGCCACUGCACCAAUUCCGGACAAGAAAACUUCCAGUCGAUCGGUAGAAGACUCUGACUACUUUGGAAAUUUUCAACAAUCUCCCAAACCUAUUACCGCCCCGAUCCUGGUGGAACCCGUACGAGAGGUGCAUUCGACUUCCUCCAACCCCGCUGCGGCGGACAGUGGAUCUAGGACAGUCCCAGCGCUUCCUCGCCGCAUUUGCCUCACCAGGCAAACAUCCUCUCCUCUUCCGAUUUCCCUGGCACCACCCGAAGCUCGUAUCCCUGGAGGAAGGGUACCAUCAGACUCGGCAAAUCCAAAUGCCAAAGGAAGAGCUGUCAAGGAGGAACAGAUGUUCUCGGAACUCGGAUACCUUGCUCCUCCAAAUCCUCCAGAUGAGCUUGAGCGCCGGCGAGCCUUGUAUAAAUUCAACAUAUGGUACACCGGGCCCGACCUCAACUUUGACCGAAUAGCCCAUCUCGCCAAGCUGGUUUUCAAUACGAAGGGUGUCAUCGUAUCGCUCAUCGAUGGCAACGAGCAAGGAGAUGAGCCUAUGAUCGUUCUAGACACCCAUCUCGAUUGGAGAUUUGCCAGGAAUCCAUUGGUGAUAAAUUCCCCACGUAUUCGCUUCUAUGCCGGAGCCCCCUUGCGCACCCAAGAUGGCUACAACAUUGGCACGCUUGCCCUCAUCGACGACGUCUCUCGAGAAGACUUCUCCCCCCGUCAAAGACAUACUCUCAAGGAAUUCGCUGCAAUUGCUAUGCGGGAAAUGGAACUUUGGCGAGACAAAAUUCAGUUGAGAAUACGGGAUCGAAUACAAAGCUCUAUGGAGGAGUUCACUCGAGAAUGCUUAGAAAUCGAUUCCGAAGUACAUCCCAAAGUCGACAAAGCUUCCAUCGUGAUCGGUACUUCCAUGGACCGUGUUUACGACCGCGCAGCGAAGCUUGUCCAGAGAACGCUUGACGUAGAGGGAGUGAUUGUCAUGGAUGUAACGCACUGCGAAGUUUUGGAGACUAUGGGUGACGAAGGAAAUGUGUCUGUGACCUUGCACCAUGGCACUCCAGGGAGUGAAAUGGAGAAGCGCCCGUUGUCGAGAGAAGAUUACCAGAGCCUGAAUAAUUUCUUCGCAGCCUACCCAGAGGGCAAAAUUUCUGAAGGAAUUCUUCCUCCUUCUUUCAGGCCCUACAUGCCCACUCAUAUCCGAUAUGCACUACUUGUACCGAUAUUCAAUAUAGACAAGCGCCCAUUUGCCCUGCUAUGCGCAUAUAAUACUAAUCUUCAUUCAAAACGAUUUAAGGGCAUGAGUGUGAUCAUUCUGUCCGCUGUCCUCAAGAGACGCAUGAUUCUAGCCGACAAAGCGAAGAGCCUAUUCAUUUCAAAUAUUUCUCACGAGCUACGAACACCCUUGCAUGGGAUCCUUGCCGCUGCAGAGUUACUCAGUGACAGCCCCUUGAAUCACUCACAGAUGUCCUUCAUCCAGACCGUCCAAGCUUGUGGCACUUCUUUAGUUGAAACAGUCAAUCAUGUCCUAGACUUCACAAAGCUCAGCGGCAACGUCAAAGCCGGCGGAGUGGAGAAUGUCAUCGUCCCCAUCACAAACGACAUGAUGCAACUCAUAGAAGAGGCAAUUGACGGAAGUUGGAUCGGCUAUAAAGCCAGGACGGCCAAUCUGGUGGAUUCGGGCAUCGGCAGUGUCUACUCACCUCCAAGUGACGAAACCACCGACCAGGGCCACCAACCGUCGCAACCACAUGUCGAGACGGUUAUAGACAUUGGGUAUCGAAGAGAGGGAUGGCUGCUGAAGUACGAGAAGGGUGGAAUUCGCCGUGUGCUGAUGAAUCUCUUCGGAAACAGCCUCAAAUUCACCACGGAUGGGUAUGUUCACGUCAGGCUGCGGUUACUCCCUCGCUUGCCAGACGACCCGCCAAACAAAGUGAGGUUAGAGCUUGCCAUCGAAGAUACAGGGAAGGGUAUCAGUCAGAACUUCCUCAAGAAUCAACUCUUUCACCCGUUCUCGCAGGAGAAUCCUCUCCAAACAGGCACCGGCCUCGGAUUGGCGAUAGUUAACAGUAUCGUGUCUUCCGAGAAUGUCGGAGGAAAGGUGGACGUCCGAAGUGAAGAGGGUCAAGGAACCGAGAUCAAGGUCUUCUUCCCUGCAGAAAUCCCAGAGGACGACCCCAGGUUGGCUGAUGCGGCACAAGACAUGGAACACUUCCGGGCGGACAAGAACAGCCCGUUACCCAAGAUAUCCAUGCUAGGCUUCGAGUCUCAGCACAAAGGCAUCCAACUCUUGUACAGAGUGCUUCGGACGUACAUAACAGAGUGGUGGGGCCUUGACAUAGUGGAUGACUCUCAGGACAGUGACAUCGUCGUCCUCAACGAGGACCUUGGGCCAAUUCGUUCCGCCAUCGAGCGCAACGACAUACGUCGCCCGUUCGUGAUUUUAUGGGUCACACGCGGGAACCCUACUGUUCUGGCAGCCGCCACAGAAUACGAACGGAUAGGCGGAUUCUGCCGCAUCCUCUACAAGCCCACUGGCCCAUCGAAACUACGGGGGGUCCUCAAACUCUGCAUGCACUCCAUCAAGAUCAAUCGGUAUUAUCGCGACUCGGCACCCAUGACAGCUGUACGGAAGAACACGGUAUCGGGGUUUGCAGAGGACAAGGAUGUAUCGCAUGGAGGGGUGUUGAGAAGGAACUCGGAUGAAAACUCGACUUACGCCAGCAAGUCGCUUAGUCGACCCCCAAUGUCCCCGCGGUCAGCGACCAUUCAUCCCUCCGUUUCCUCACUUCGGCAUCAACUGUUAUUAUCCGCGCUUCCGGAGAAGGAUCGUGGACAGGAAGGGGAAGUUGGUUCACCUGUCUCUGAUGGAACAGGUCUUCGUCCGAUGGUUUCUAUCGGCCCUGGGGGCUCAGUCCUGAAGUCAUCCGUCCAGCCGACAGACAUCCGAGGCCGGAAGCUCAGGGUUUUAGUCAUCGAGGACAACAACAUUCUGAGGAACCUCCUGGCCAAAUGGCUGAUCAAGAAAGGGUAUGAUUUCGAAGAAGCUGUGGAUGGGCAGGCAGGCGUGACGGCGUUCCAGGAACAUGGUCCAUUCGAUGUUGCGUUGAUUGACCUGUCAAUGCCAGUCCUCGACGGCGUCGCGGCUACCAAAGAGAUCCGUCGUAUAGAGUCCAGUAAAGCAGGGGGAGACGACAGCUACCCCUCAGUCAAGAUACUUGCCCUUACUGGAAUGUCUUCAUUAGAAGAUAAGCGGCGAGCGUUUGAAGCAGGAGUGGACGGAUACCUUGUCAAACCGGUGGCCUUUAAGACCCUGGACGAGAUGUUCCACAAGCUCGGGAUCUCUUCAUAG